UGGAGCCAUGAUAGCCCACGCUGGCUGGGAGAUGUUUCGGGCUGGACACAGGACCCCUCUCAGUGAUUCUGGGAUUACACAAAGCAAUCCGGCGAACCUGGGCCAUGAGCGUCUCUGAGGCUGCACGUCAUUGCUCUGACCUGGAGUGUGUCUCCUUUCCCGUUCAGCAGGACGGCCUGGGACUCCCUGUGCCUGCCGGAAGAACCCCCUCCUGGCCUUCCUCCCCAGAGGAGUCUGGUUUCCUUUCCUUUCCUCUGGAAGAGCCUGGCCCCAGACCCCUGGUCCCAGGAAACCCUCCCCCUCCAGUUUCCUCCUUAGAGGAAAAGGAGGAGGAUGCAGACUCCACUGUGGACCCCGAGGGGCUGUAUAGCAAGGAGCACCCAAGCCAGUUCUUUGCUGAAGCACAGCGGCUGUGGGAGCAGAGGCUACUGCUGGAUGAACAGGUGUCAGUCGGGGGGCGGGUUUAUGGGGUGCACCGGGUCAUCUUGGCUGCGGUCAGCAGCCUCUUCCGAGGCAGGCUGCAGGGUGGCGGGGACUCACGGCCUGGCCUCAGCCUGGAUGUGGCCCCUGGGGGCUGGGAGGCCGUGCUGACCUUUGCCUAUGAGGGGCUUCUGGGCCCGGCCUCCCUGGGGGAUGUGUUGGCUGCGGCAGAAGUCCUGGGAGCACCCCGAGUGAAGGUCGCAGCCCAGCGGAGAUGCCAGGGCUCUGGAAAGACCACGGAAGAUGAAAAGCUGCCCAGCCAGGCGGAGGAGCUGAGGGAGAACCUCCGCAGCAUCGAGUGCCUCUACCGAGAGGGCGUCGGGUGUGAUCUCGAGCUGGAGGCAGAUGGCUACCGGCUCCAGGUGCACAGAGCAGCCCUGGCCUGUGGCAGUGAGUUCUUUGGGGCCAUGCUCCUGAGUGGAAUGAGGGAAUCCCAAGGCACAGAGAUAUCUCUGCACACCAUGUCUUCCCAAGACCUGCAACUCCUCGUCUCUUUUGCUUACUCUGGGGUAGUACGAGCAGGGUGGUCAGGACUGCUGAGAGCUGCCCAGGCUGCUCUGCAGUACCAAAGUUCUUCCUGCCUGGAUCUGUGUCAGAAGGCCUUGGCUCAAGGCCUCAACCCUGCCCGUUGCCUGGCCCUGUUCCCCAUGGCUGAAGCCCCUGGAUUGGAGAGGCUCUGGAGUAAAGCUCGUCACUACCUCCUCACCCAUCUGCCUGCUGUGGCUUUGUGCCCUGCUUUCUCUUCCUUACCAGCUGCCUGUCUGGCUGAACUCCUGAAUAGCGAUGAGCUCCAUGUUCAGGAGGAGUUUGAGGCCUUUGUGGCUGCACGAUAUUGGUUAGCUGCCAACCCUGAGAUACAGGAGUCAGAGGCCAAGGCCCUGCUGCAGUGUGUCCGCUUUGGCCGUAUGUCUACCAGGGAGCUGAGAAAAGUGCGGGCAGCUGGGCUACCCCCACCCCUCCCUGCAAACUUGCUCUACCAGCUGAUGGUGGAGGCUGAGAUUCCAGGUCGAGAGAGGUGGAGGAAGCCUGACCAGGCACUGGUGGUGAUUGGUGGGGAUGAGCUCAGACCUGACAUGGCCCAAAGACAGCCUUCUCAAAAAGUGUGGUGGGCCCGGGCCUUCCACUGCGGCACGGGGCUGGUGCGAACUGUGGAGUGGGGCCAGCUGCCUGCUCUGCCUGCCCCAGGACGCUUCCGGCAUGGGGCUGUGAGCCUGACAGGAAAUGAGCUCUAUGUGUGUGGGGGACAGGAUUUCUACAGCCACUCCAGCACUCUGGCUUCAACUCUCAGGUGGGACCCCAGUCAAGAGGACUGGGAAGAGAUAGCACCUUUGUGCCAGGCUCGGAGCUUGUUCCCCCUGGUGGCAUUGGACGGACUACUUUAUGCCCUGGGUGGACGAUGCAACGGUGUUGCCCUUAACUCUGUGGAGACCUACAACCCUGAGCUCAAUGUCUGGAGGCCCGCUCCUGCACUUCCGACCCCAUGCUUUGCCCACGCAGCUGCCCUGUUGGAAGGCCGAUUGUACCUGUGUGGUGGCUAUAGUGGAGCUGACCAAUACAUGGCCUCGCUGCUGCAUUAUGACCCCAAACUUGAGAAGCCAGGAACACUUUUGAGCCCAAUGGGAAUACCUCGGGCUGGCCAUGUCAUGGCUGCUCUCGGUGGGCGGCUGUAUGUAGCAGGUGGGCUAGGUGAGACUGGAGACUUGCUUAGCUUUGAGGUCUAUGAACCAAGGACUGAUAGGUGGACUCACUUGGUGCCUCUGCCAUCUGCCCAUGUGGGUGCUGCAGGUGCUGUGCUGCAGGGAGAGCUGCUGGUGAUGGGGGGCUACAGCCACCGCACUUAUGCCCUCUCCCACCUUAUCCACGCCUACUGUCCUGGGCUGGGCCGAUGGCUGUGCCUGGGAACUCUGCCAAAGCCUCGGGCUGAGAUGCCUGCCUGCAUUUUGACACUGUGCACCAUGCAACACACAGCUUUGGUUCCCACCCUGCACCAAAUCAAACCUGCUAGGUGAUGGGAGCAGAACUGUACAGGGGGAGAAAGGGAUAUGAAAUAUCACGAAAAACAGACCAUUUAGGAGAGAGAAAGAUUACAAUUCUGGUAGUGCUUUUACACAGUGCUUGACAGUUUAUAAACUGCUUUUGUAUAUAUGAUAUCCACUGAGGGAAAGUGACUCCAGAACUGGGGAGAGAGCUUUGGGGAAGGAGAGGCAGCUGAAUACUUGAGAUUUUUUGUUUGUUUUUUCGUUUGGUUUUUGAGACAGGGUCUCUGUACGUACUUCAGGCUAGCCUUGAAUUCACUGGGUACCUUACAUUUGCCUCAACCUCACAGCAAUCCUGCCUUGGUGUCCAAAAUGCUGGGAUCACAGGUGUGCACCAGUAUACUCAGUGGCGGCUAAAUAGUGGGAUAAGAGAAAUGACUAAGUGGCUGAGGCCAGAGGAUCAUCUAGAGUUUGAGGCCAGCCUGGGCUAUGUAGUGAGUUCAAGGCAAGGUAACCCAUCAGCAAGGCCAUGCCUGAACCAAAGGGGGAAAAGUAACCUAGGAGCAACCGGAUAAGGCUUAGGGGUUCUUGAGAGGAGAAAGGCAUGUAAUUGGAAGAGACUCAAGAAUAUCCAGUAUUGGCCAGGGAUAUAGCUCAGUGAUAGAGCAUCUGCUUAGUACGCGUGAGCAUCUGGGUUCAAUCCCCAGCACAUAGAUACACACACACACACACACACACACACACACACACA